GUUCGCUUAGGCUGCAAAACGGCGCCGGAGAAGAAGAAAACCCUUUUCAUGCGUGUAGCUACUUGCUUUUACGAAGCGCCUGAAAACAAUUCAACACAUUAUGAUCUGAGGAGCGCAGAAUAUCACCGUGAAACCUUUUAUCAGCAGUUUUCAUAAGACUUGAGCAAAAUGUCGGAUUCAGACUCGGACAGCGAUUGGGGUUUCCACCGCAACAGGAAGUUUCUGAAAUCUCACGGGGACAUCAAAAUAAACCUUUCAGAGAGAGUGUUCAGCCAGUGGGGCUCCAUCCCCCUACAGACCAAGAAGGAAGGCGCUCAGCGGAUGAGAGUUUGCGUCUUCUGGUUUCCCACGCUGCUGCAGCCCGACAUCUCCAAGACCUUCACUUGGGCCGCAGAAGUUGGCUUAAUCAACGAAGAGACAAGUGAAAUGCUGGAUGUGGAGAACCUCCGCAGGAUUCAGGUGGUUGAAAUGAUUCUGCUGCACCUGGAAGUGGCAAGUUUGGACAGGGAUUCCUCCAGACACGUUUUCAUUUUUUGCAACAUGUUGCAUCAGCACUGCUCUCCAGAGAUCCUGGAGGAAGCGGUGCGCUGGCUGGAGACGCUGGGCGAUGGGUUCAGACGGGAGCAGCUGCUCUGCCUGGGAGGAUUCCCCAACUGCUACACAACAUUCGGCUUCAUCUUCUCGGAGUAUGCCAAGUUUAUGCGGGAGAUGAGCAACAACCUGGACGCUACGAUGAGGGCCCUGAAGGCACCGCCUGAUGAGUCGUCUGCAAUGGAAAGUGAAGCGAUGAAGAUCCUUGGGAACGAGAAGUUUCAGGCCCAGCAGUACGCAGAAGCUCUGAAGUUUUACACCAACGCCAUCAAAUGCUAUCCUGAUAAUCACAUCCUGUAUGGGAACAGAGCGCUGUGCUACAUCAAGCAGAAGGAAUAUCUAAAAGCAGCAGGAGAUGGAAAACGUGCCGUUCUGAUCGACCCGCUCUGGGCGAAGGGCCACUACCGGUAUUGCGAGGCGCUGUUCUGUCUCGGGGCCAUGGACCUGGCAUUGGAGGCCAACAGCACCGCCCGGUGGCUGUGCAGAGAAAACCCGGAGGGACUCAGAGAUCUGGACCAGCAGUUCCUGAAGUUCAGGCCGGAGCCGCCGCCUGGUACCGAUCCAACUCCUUUCUAUCAGCUGGGAGCUGAGCUGCCGCAGAGGCCUCACAGCUUUAAGGUCGGGCUGGUGAAGAAAAUCCCUCAGCCGACAAAAACAGGCGGUAAAAACAAUCCGACCAGGAGUUUAGCUGCGAAGGUCAUCAAGACGAAAACGGACAAAAAGACAGCGCCGUCCGACCCGGAGGGACGACUCAAAGACCCUAAAACGUCCAGAAGUGAGCGCGACGACUUCAGCGGCUCUAAGAUCAAGUCAAAGAGCCAAAGUGAAACGCAGAAAGCGAACCAGAACCAGAAGAUGGCCGACAGCAAAGCAGAUUUAUGUAAGGAGCUGCGGUUUCUGGUGCAUGAGGCUCACAGCGCACUGUUGGACCUGCGCAGCCGCAACGCAGAGCAGGCCUUCAGCCAGGCGCUGGGGCUGCUGGAGGCCGCCCCGCCCAAGAGACUGGGACUUUCCUCUCUGGAUGUUCUGCUGCUGCUGUUCGGUCGAGCGUCGGCCUUGAUAGAAAUCGGACAGCCGGAGGAACUAGCAGAAGCAGAGAAACUCCUGGAGAGGAUGAAAUCGUUUGAAGAGCGAACGUUCCAAUGUCUGGUUUAUUACACCAUCGGCAGAGUGUUUCUACGAGAAAACCGGUUUAAAGUUGCCGUGCAGCAAUUUUCAGAUUCGCUGCAGAUGGUGAAGAAUCAAAUUACGCCAGGUAAACUCACCUGGCCGUUAACCAAAGAGAUUGUUAAAGAAACCCAAGCAGACAGUUUCAAGGAGAUGCUUGAGAAAUCGAUAGAGUUGUGUAGAUUUCCCCCCGCCCCUGACGCCGUCUGUCGUCUUGAAAAAUGUCUUUGCCCUCUAAAAGCUGAGAUCUAUUUCACUGACCCAGAUUUUAAGGGCUACAUUCAGAUAUGCUGCUGUCAGAGCUGCAAGGUUGAAUUUCACAUCAGCUGCUGGAAGAGCCUAAAGUCUACAGAGUUCAGGGAAAAGAAUGAAAAGGAUGUCCUGAAUGAGGCGUGUUUGACUCCCGACUGUCUGGGUAAAAUCUGCUCUAUACGAAUCUUUGGUCCUACGGGUUUGGUGAAAUGUAAGUUUGAAACGACGAUCACGAAACCGGAGUUGCCGAAGAAACCUCGAGUUAAUCAGAAAGCCACCAGUGUGAAGAAGUUAAAGUCCAAAGAGGAUCAGAAGCAGAAGAGGAAACAGUUCAAACAGACGUUUAAGGAUCAGAAAACCAACAGCCAUGAAAUCCUGCAGAAGAAAGACGACUCGGGAUCGCCGAGUCAGCAGAAAGCCUGGUUGGUGUACAGAGACCGGGUUCUGCUGCAGAUCAACCAGAACCUGGACCUGCUGCGGGAGGAGCAGGGCCUGCAGGUGUCGGCGCUGGUCAGCGGCCUGCGGCCCUGGCUGGAGCUGGACUGGGCCCGGGGGAACUGCCUGGCCGGCCGCCUGCUCCACUGGCAGCAGGAGCAGCUGCAGACGCUGGGCCAGGCCGUGGAGCUGCUGCUGGAGCGCAAGAACCGGGUCUGGGCCCGGGUCUUCAUCCAGCAGCUCAGCGGCUGCGUGGGAAUAAACGCCAAGCUGAGCAAGUGGGCGUGUCAGCUGGACGGCGCAGGGCUGACCGCGGCGCAGACCUUCAUCGAGCGGCACUCUGAGUGCCUGGAGCAGCUGGACCUGGUGGUGCUGCUGAACUUUGACCCCUUAAAACAAAUGAUUUUAGAGAAACUGGACACUAAACCGGAUUUGUUUUGGCGCCUCGGCCUGACGGUGACGGAGUAUCUAAAACAGGCCUCGGCGCACGACGUCCGGCUUUUUAUCUGGACUCUGGAGGAGCAUAGACACGACUACGUUUGUUGUCACAGUAUACUGGAUGAAUAUUUUGAUAUGAUGGAUGCUCAUUGUUCUGUGUUAAAAAAGUCUGAAAAUGAUCAUAUUUCUCCUACUCGAACUAAAAGUCGAGGCCGGAAAAAGAAACGAAAGGGUGUUUUCGGUUUGCCUCCGACCCGAGCGCUAACGCCCAGAGACGAGUGGGACCAGGACCUUUUUGAAGAAGACUCUUUAUCGUUCCUUCACCCAGGUGACCCGUUUAGCGUUCCCAGCCACCUUAGAGAGCAGGUGGCUGAUUUUGAGGACCAAUACAGAACGGCCUAUACAAAGUUUUUAGACAACCACCCCGACUCCACCAAAGAAAGUUUGUAUGAGUAUUUUGCCCAGAUCCUGGAGGAGCACGGCCCGCUGGUGGACGAGGACCGCCUGCUGGUGGGCGAACUCGCCAACUUCCCUGCUGAGGCUCGGAGGAAGAUCGCGGAGGCGGGCGGCCUGGAGAGCUUCCUGUUGGAGUCGCUGCGCUUUAUUAAGAUCGGGCGGCGCAUCGGCCUGACCCGGCACGCCGUCGGCCCGCGGCUCGCCGCCAGCCUGGACGACCUAGACGUCAUCGGCGACCCGCGGCUCAACGAGGCGUCGCCUGACCCGUACAUGCUGGGCGACUUCUCCGACUACCUGUCCGGGUUCUGCUUCCCCGUUGCCGGUGCGCAGCCGGUCCUGCCCAACCCGUACUCCUUCUACCCGGCAGGAAGUGACGCUGCGCCCGCCUGGUCAGACAUCGACUGCGUCUUCAUUGCCAACGGUUACGCCGAGCCUCACCUGGACGCGCUGGACGAUAUUUAUGAGCAAUUGGAAAGAGAUCCGGCUCCUCAGAGGAGCGUUUUGUCCUCGAAGGCGAGUCGUUGCUGUAGCGACGCGGCAGUUCAGACGAGUGCGGGCGCCGUGGGCAGCGUGGCGGUGAACACAGAGCGGCACGAACACUGGGAGGCGCAGCAGGGUGACAUCAUCAGGCAGCAGCGGAGCAACAGGAAGUUGGAGCAGCAAAUACUGAAAACCCAAAACGGCAACAAAGUGGACCAGAGCGAGCAAGACGACGUCCGGCUGAUGGAGAAGGAGGUGAAAGAAAUCACCACGAAUAUCCAGGUGACCCAUAAGGAGCUGCUGAUGUUCCAGCAGAAGCUGGAGGAGGAGGUGAAGAAGGACCAGAAGGAGAAGAAAUCCAACCAGGAGGAGCUGAAGGCGCUGAAGACGGAGGUGGAGCACCUGGUGGAGGAGCAGGCCAGCUUUUCGAGGAGCAUCAGAGAGAAGAAGAGCAGCUAUGAGGCCAAACUCAACGACUUCCUGGAGCUCAGCAACCAGUCAGCGGCUGAGAAGAUGAGUUUGGAGGAUGAGAUCAGGCGCCACCAGGCUCUGCUGACCUCUGCUGGCAGGAGGUCCUACAUGGCUCAGCUGUCGGCGGCUGAAAGCAGCAGGGAUCAGAGUCUGAACAUCCUGCACAGAGAGUUAGCCGAUGCCAAGACGCUGCUCAGCAAGCUGGACGAGGCGGCGCACAGAACUCAGAACCAGGAGCUGGAAUCAGCGAGGAAUGGCUGCAAAGCUGAAGUGGAGGAAGUAGAGAAGAACAUUUCCACCGCUGAGCGCCGCUUCCAGGACCUUCUGGACCAGCUGAGGGGCCGCCGGGUCGGAGACAGUGCGGCCGCUCCGAUCGGACCGGUUCUGCAGCUUCCUGUCGCAGCCAACGAUCCUCCGCCUCAGCCGGCCCGCGCCGCCUCCCCACCCACCACAGAGUCCGCCCCGCCCGCCGCUCCGCCCCGAGCCGCCGCCAGGAAGGAGCCGCUGCUUGUCUCGGUUUUCCAGAAGGCCAUGGACAGCCUGACCGCCAUGUUUCCAGACUAUUCCAGGUCCGGCUUGAUGCGUUUCGUUCAGGACUUCCGUCUGGCCAGAGGAGGAAGUCUGAACCUGGUGCCGCUACAGGAAGUGGUCAGCGGCGUGGCGCAGCUCAUCCUGGACCAUCAGGAAACGCUGAAGUCAUCCGGCGCCGCGGGCCGGUCCAGCCCGGCUCAGGGGAACCAGAACCCGGUGUGGCAGCUGGUUGGAGCGCAGAGAGUCCGAAACCCGAACGCCCUGAACAUGGAGGAUCCCUGCAUCAUCUGCCACGAGGACAUGAGUCCAGAGGACGCCUGCGUGCUGGAGUGUCGGCACAGCUACCACGACCAGUGCAUCCGGUCCUGGCUGAAGGAGAACAACACCUGUCCCACCUGCAGGACCCAUGCGCUGCUGCCUGACGACUUCCCCGCUCUGUCCACCAGGAGGCGCCAGGCCCCCUGAUGCUCCUUCUCUGCUUUUAUCCUAUUUUUAUUUGUUCUUUAAAUUCUUUGUUUUCCUGAUUUUAUUGACAUUUAAAACCUGAGAAAAUAAAUUAGUCAGUGUUGGA